AUGUCGUCUUUAACGGUGAAGACGCUGACGUUGUACUCCACGCCAGGGCUGAGGUUCUCCAGAGUGCACGAGGUCUCGCCCGCCUUCACAAACUCCUCCAGGCUGUUUCCUCGCUGCCCAUUGGUUGGCGUGCACGUCACUCUGUAGCCGGUGAUGUCUGAUUGGACGGCAUGGGAGAACACGUGAGAAUGGACAGUGGAUGUAAACUGGACAGAAGUCGUAAAAUAGGACAUUUGGAGUUCUCUGUCUGGACAUAUAGUCUCUGUAAUCUUUGUCCUGAGUAUCAUUGUUCUGACCUGGGGUGCUGGCUUCGUUCCACUGGACAGUCAGCUCUCCGCUGUCAGGGUGGGACUCCAGGUUUAGGUCAGUAGGAGGAGACAGGGCUGGAGGACGACAAGAGGAACAAGAUGAGAUGAUUCUGUGACUUGACAUCUCUCUUCCAAGCAACUGUCUCUGACUGGUACGGUUCCUCACCACUAUAACCUGGUCAUAACGGUUACUCACCACUAUAACCUGGUCAUAACGGUUACUCACCACUAUAACCUGGUCAUAACGGUUACUCACCACUAUAACCUGGUCAUAAUGGUUACUCACCACUAUAACCUGGUCAUAAUGGUUACUCACGACUAUAACCUGGUCAUAAUGGUUACUCACCACUAUAACCUGGUCAGAAUGGUUACUCACCACUAUAACCUGGUCAUAACGGUUACUCACCACUAUAACCUGGUCAUAACGGUUACUCACCACUAUAACCUGGUCAGAAUGGUUACUCACCACUAUAACCUGGUCAUAACGGUUACUCACCACUAUAACCUGGUCAUAACGGUUACUCACCACUAUAACCUGGUCAUAACGGUUACUCACCACUAUAACCUGGUCAUAACGGUUACUCACCACUAUAACCUGGUCAUAACGGUUACUCACCACUAUAACCUGGUCAUAACGGUUACUCACCACUAUAACCUGGUCAUAACGGUUACUCACCACUAUAACCUGCUCAUAACGGUUACUCACCACUAUAACCUGGUCAUAACGGUUACUCACUACUAUAACCUGGUCAUAACGGUUACUCACCACUAUAACCUGGUCAUAACGGUUACUCACCACUAUAACCUGGUCAUAACGGUUACUCACCACUAUAACCUGGUCAUAACGGUUACUCACCACUAUAACCUGGUCAUAACGGCUACUCACCACUAUAACCUGGUCAUAACGGUUACUCACCACUAUAACCUGGUCAUAACGGUUACUCACCACUAUAACCUGGUCAUAAUGGUUACUCACCACUAUAACCUGGUCAUAACGGUUACUCACCACUAUAACCUGGUCAUAAUGGUUACUCACCACUAUAACCUGGUCAUAACGGUUACUCACCACUAUAACCUGGUCAUAACGGUUACUCACCAUUAUAACCUGGUCAUAACGGUUACUCACCACUAUAACCUGGUCAUAACGGUUACUCACCACUAUAACCUGGUCAUAACGGUUACUCACCACUAUAACCUGGUCAUAACGGUUACUCACCACUAUAACCUGGUCAGAAUGGUUACUCACCACUAUAACCUGGUCAUAACGGUUACUCACCACUAUAACCUGGUCAGAAUGGUUACUCACGACUAUAACCUGGUCAUAAUGGUUACUCACCACUAUAACCUGGUCAUAAUGGUUACUCACGACUAUAACCUGGUCAUAAUGGUUACUCACCACUAUAACCUGGUCAUAAUGGUUACUCACCACUAUAACCUGGUCAUAACGGUUACUCACCACUAUAACCUGGUCAUAAUGGUUACUCACGACUAUAACCUGGUCAUAAUGGUUACUCACCACUAUAACCUGGUCAUAACGGUUACUCACCACUAUAACCUGGUCAUAAUGGUUACUCACGACUAUAACCUGGUCAUAAUGGUUACUCACCACUAUAACCUGGUCAUAACGGUUACUCACCACUAUAACCUGGUCAUAACGGUUACUCACCACUAUAACCUGGUCAUAAUGGUUACUCACCACUAUAACCUGGUCAUAAUGGUUACUCACGACUAUAACCUGGUCAUAAUGGUUACUCACCACUAUAACCUGGUCAUAACGGUUACUCACCACUAUAACCUGGUCAUAAUGGUUACUCACCACUAUAACCUGGUCAUAAUGGUUACUCACCACUAUAACCUGGUCAUAAUGGUUACUCACUACAAUAACCUGGUCAUAAUGGUUACUCACCACUAUAACCUGGUCAUAACGGCUACUCACCACUAUAACCUGGUCAUAAUGGUUACUCACUACAAUAACCUGGUCAUAAUGGUUACUCACCACUAUAACCUGGUCAUAACGGCUACUCACCACUAUAACCUGGUCAUAAUGGUUACUCACUACAAUAACCUGGUCAUAAUGGUUACUCACCACUAUAACCUGGUCAUAACGGCUACUCAGCACUAUAACCUGGUCAUAACAGUUACUCACCACUAUAACCUGGUCAUAACGGCUACUCACUACUAUAACCUGGUCAUAACGGUUACUCACCACUAUAACCUGGUCAUAACGGUUACUCACCACUAUAACCUGGUCAUAACGGUUACUCACCACUAUAACCUGGUCAUAACGGUUACUCACCACUAUAACCUGGUCAUAACGGUUACUCACCACUAUAACCUGGUCAUAACGGUUACUCACUACUAUAACCUGGUCAUAACAGUUACUCACCACUAUAACCUGGUCAUAACGGUUACUCACCACUAUAACCUGGUCAUAACGGUUACUCACCACUAUAACCUGGUCAUAAUGGUUACUCACCACUAUAACCUGAUCAUAACGGUUACUCACCACUAUAACCUGGUCAUAAUGGUUACUCGCGACUAUAACCUGGUCAGAAUGGUUACUCACUACUAUGAUAAAGAACUGAUAAAGAGAAACAAAAAUAGGAGGAAAAUAUUAGAUUUUGGUCAUCCCUGUUCCAGAUGCAACUCUUUCUGGGGAAUAUAUACGGUUACUCAAUAG